GAUAGAAAUAUUGGAAAGUCUAGGUUACGUUUAAAUGCGGUUGUCAGAUGCUAACGACGUCAUCUAGUUCAAAGGUCAGCAAAAAAACCGCGAAAUUUUAAGUUUCACUGUCGUACAAAAUAUGUCACUGAUUAUCCUGAAUGUUUAGCGAAACUUUCCGGAAAUUCUACAACAUUAUCAUUUCUGUAUUUCUGCAAAGUUGAUGAUUCAGAAACGACCUUGAGAGGUCACAAAGAUGGCGCCGGAGGUCGAUGGUGCAGGUCUCUUCUUGCGUUGCCUAAAAGUUGUAAUGUAACGACUAACGUUAGCUUUCUUUGUUGCUUCACGUCAGUGUAGAAAUGGACGGGCGAUAUGGAGCACUUUUUACGGAUUUCCAUGCGGAACAUGACCCAGUUUGGCAGGUUCAGACCGGAGUCAGCACGACAGUGUGUCUGGUGUGCAUUUUGGAGACCCUGGAGGAUCCUCAGGCACUCGUCAUCAAAAAGUGUGCAUUUCUCUCGCAAAUUACGAACCUGCUGAAGACUCAAUACAAAGAAUCACUGGCGGAAAUGCUGUUCAUGGAUGACAAACUCGCCAUAUCACUGAUGACUACUGUUUUACAACUUCUGCCCUCGGAUAACGAGAACUUGGCAGUGACGGUGGUCGACACGGCAGCCCAGUUGUGCUGUCUGUUGAAAUCCGAGGAGCUAGCCUACUUCGUUCUGGAGCAGGUUUCCACACAAAUCCUCCAACUUGCCAGUUUUCAGAGCAGUUUACCCGGACUUGUCUUGUUAGGGAGGCUUCUGAACGGAAUUCCUACCCUGGCACAGAAGAUGGGACACGACAUGACGUUGGUAGACUAUCUGGUCAGCGGUUUGGACUAUCCUGACAGGAACGUCAAGUCGGCCAUAUUGUUCGUCCUGGCGAAGCUUUGCACGUCCGUGGAUGACGUGAACCAUCCUGACUGGGUAGCAUCCAUGAGGCAGAUUUCUCUCAGCCUGUUGCCUAUUCUGGUGAAAGAAGAGGCUACAGAUGUGCUGACCAACGGUAUGGGACUCUUGUUGACCCUCCUUGACCACCCAGACAACGCCAGAGUUUUGGUACAGGAAGUAGCAGUGCCACCUGAACAGGAUGUCCGAGGAAGAGCUACACUGUGUUCCUCCUUGAGGAAGAUGGUAAUGGCUCCAGACACAAACAUCCAGAUUGCUGGUGUGAGAGCAGUGUCAACCAUCCUCCAGCACAUUUUGGAUGACAACCUGGAACCAGACUAUGCCAACCUCCUUCUGAAUGGGGACAUUGCUGAAUUCCUGUUUGAAGCAUUAGCAACCACAAGUGAACAGUUGCUGAGCUCCAUAUUCCAGAGCCUUCUGAUGUUUGCAGACUUUGAUGCCUUCUUCAAGAAGGGCCACACCCUGUACGGGAUAGAUGCUGUGGUGAGAGGUGUCCAGCAAUCCCUGAAGUCUGCCACCACUGAUGUACAAUGCUGCGGUUUCCAACUUCUGACAAAAAUCCUGUCCAACCAGUCGUCCAACACCAGCCUUCUGAGUAACUCGGCAGGAUACCAACAGUUUGUGCAGCUGUUUGUCUCAGGCCUGCAGACCUGCAAUGCUGACUUAGUGGUUGAUGUGCUCCCUACUGUGUCGGCAUUUCUGAGGAGAGAUCACCAGCCAUCGCCUGUGCCAUAUGCAGACCUCCAGAAAGUGUUAGCCUUAGUGGUCACUAAUAUCAAAGGGUGGCCAAUGAUGCAAGAUUCUCCAGUGUGUGAUAUAUUGGUGAAGUCACAGACACAGUCCCAUAUGGUCGGAAACAGCCACAUGUCAAAAGUGCAAAAGCUUCUGCAAGAAGGACUUGAAGUAUUUCACAGUGCCUGCAAUCUUGCGGCAGCAUGCAAGGAAGACCCGCUGGCUGAUGAGUCAAUAUUUGCUCCUCCAGAGUCCCAAUCUUCUGAUGGUAGUGGCAGAUCUUCCAGCACCAAGGUUGAAAGUUUCCUACAGUUCCUCUUCCAACAAACAGAUGAAGUUUUCCUCCCACUAGUCAUGCAAAACCUUCAGUACAUUACAGAUAGACAGGUCUUUGUACACAUUUUCUCCAUCCUGAAUCUGCAAUAUCAGCUGAUACCUGAUGCAAUGAGUGCUCUGUCUUUCAAGCUUGUAUCUUCAUGUUUCCUAAGGCUGUCAUUGGAAGUGAAGGCAAAGUUUUGCACAGGAGACUGUGGUGACAAGCUGCAACAAGCUGUAAAUAUCUUCAUCAGAAAAUUGCUGUUGGGACUUUUGGUAAUAAAAACAGAGAAAGAAAUUGCAUGUCCUGUUGUGGAAGAAGAGAAUUUCCUGGCCAAAGAGCUUUUGCCCAUACUUGCCCACAUCAAUGGUGAGCCACAGUCCCUGUUGACACUGUUAAUGGAGAAGUCAGAUCUGGAGAACACAGAUAGGGAGUGUCUGGUCCAUAAAGUACACAAAGCUUGUAUGGCUAUACUGUAUUACUCAUAUCUGUACAAUGACAGGCUGGUUGAUGAGCUGUCUCUUCACAAAGCUCUGUUAGUAUGCUUAGACCAGGAACCAUUGACAUUGUUUCCUCUUUACACAAUGAAACAUUUCAUCUUUCUCUUGGCAAUAUCUGCUCCAUUGUCUGACACAAGUUACUUGGACACAUGGUCAUCACCCUUGACACAGUUUUUGGCUGGAGUCAAAGAACCACAGAUGCUGUACACUCACCACCAGCAUCUGUUGGAAUGGUGCUUCAGGAGUCCAGAACUGGCAAAUGUGAUGGGUGCUGUGUUCUUGGAAUCAUGGCUUUGGAACAAAAGGUGUGCAGACAAAACAAUGUGCAAGACUGGCAUAUAUCAAACACAGGAAACAGAGAAUGAGUUUCUCAGUAAGCUGUUGAUGAACAACUCUACUGCAAGCUCAUGUCUUAUAAACCUUAUCGGACGGGGAGGAGGGGAGGUGGUGACACAAGCUCUGGAUAUCUUGCAAUCCAUCGUCUUCAAUGCACCUGCGGAAAAUCCAUGUUUUCAGAUAUUGUUAAACUACAAACUGCCUAAUAUCUUACUCAAGCUGCUGUCAUCUUACGAGAUUGAAGUGGACCACAAUGUUGCAGUACUGUUGCAACUUGUUUGUCAUGGCCAGGCAUAUGAUCAAAUAACAGAUAAUCUGAAUCUCAAACUAGUCCAUCAGGUUGUUAGUACGAUCACAAAGUACGCCAUCAGUGGUGAAGUGCUCCUGGCUAGCCUGAACUACCUCACAGUCCUUCUUGUGGGCACAUCUAUGAGGAAGGACACUCGUCUACUAGCUAUUCUGCUGUCCAACGAUGCCAUCCUUAUGCUCAUGCAGGACCUACUGGCUGGAAGUGUGUUCAGGCAGGAUACAGUAUCAGAAGACCAGGCCAUGAGUUUGCAGAGCUGUGCCCUACAGUUACUUGGGUCUUUAGUACAACUUCAGGCCCAGUUCAAAGUGACUUGUGACUACAAUGUCCUUGUGCAAACAGAGCUGUUGCUAGACAUCCUGACUUGUGACAGAACACUACUCCAGCUGAUCUGUGCUGUGUCCUUCCUGGCCUCCAUGUUCCACGUGUCCCUCCAGUCUCCUGUAGCCAGGCUGGACCUGGGAAUCUCCUCACAGCAUCUUGCUCGCAUCUUUCUGUCACUGCAGAACAUUAUGGUCGUGGAAGAAGAGCUUCUGCGCUGUGCUGUUGUCAACUGCAUGUCUUGGCUCCUCGCGUACACCCAGCCCGGAGACCAGGCCCUGGUGGAUCACAUAAUGAACCAGCCCUGGAACCAACUGCUGCUCCAAACUGUGAUGGACCUUCACAACAAUGACACCGUUCCACCAAGCUUGGUGGCUUUACUUACUCUUUUCCUAGAGCAUGGGAAACCAGGACCAGUCACCCAGAAACAUGUUGACAGAAUCGUUAAGCAAGCAGUCCUUAAAGACGUCUCGCAAGGGACAAACUCUGCCCUUAAUGUAAAGUUCAUUUCUGCCACUGCUAAGUGCACUGAUAUAGAGAUAUCAUCAACACAUAGAACUGUGGUUAAGGAGUUUGUAGAGAAGUUUCUGAAGGAGCAGGCUGUUGGUUCUCAGGAGACAGUAGUCAGGUUGGUAGAGGUGCAGGAUGUUAUGUUGUGCUCAUCUUGGAUCAAUGCCACAUUCCAGCAGAGGCUCAGCACUGAGGAGUUGUCAGGGCUGCUACAAGGUGACAACCAGCACACAGAGAAGGGAUCAAGUGAAGAGUGUUAGAAGUUCAGUUGUUGUAAACAGUGCUAUUUCUGUGUAAAUUCUAAACAGCCUAGGUGAGGAAUGAAUUAUUUAAAAUAUGUACGAGGUUAUACUUCUGAGAUAAAGCAACUGUUGCUUCAUGUAUACUUUUUUUGCAGUCUGGCACCUUGCCAAAAAGGGUUGAAAAAAAAAAAUAACUGGAAGAUACAUAAUAGUAUGUACAUACUUAUAUAUUCCUAGGCAGAAAGACACUAUAGAUAUUAUAUGUCUUCCCAUGCGUAUUGCCUGGCUAUAGUUAUAUGUUCUUAUUGUUGUUCUUAUGUUCUUACUUAAUUGCUCACUGAUGCUAAGGAGAAAUAGACAAAUUGUGUCAGUUACAAUAUGCUAACAUGUUGCAUUGAUUUUACAUGUAGAUAACAACUUCCUGGCGGAUAAAAUGAUAUUAUAUUGUUCAUGUCAAUCAUCCUCUAUCAAUGGCAUUGGGUCAUUUCAUACAAUUUCACAGUGCAGAAAAAUCAAGCCAUACUACACAAGUCAUGUAAAGUGUUACAUAUCCACUCACUUUAUUCUUCAGCUGGCACAUCAUUCUGAGUCUGAAUGGGACACUGCACCAAAGACAGGCACUCCAAAAUGCACAAUAAUGUCCCACAGCAAUGAUGUUUACAUUCACAUAGUUUCUUGCACAUUUUGCAAUAGUUUCUUUACAAGAAAUAAGACAAUGUGAAGAAAUAGCAACUUCUCGUCACAUACCUCUGAGUCAAAACACUCAAGUGACAUACAUGUACAUGUACACGUAUUCCCAUAUCAAACAUGGUUACUCAGAUGGACUGAUGAGGCUCUUUCAGGGUUCUGAACUUCUGUUUACAAGUAGUCUCAACCUGCACAAUAUAGUCCUAAACUGUGGGUUAAAGAGUUACACAUAAUAUCAAAGCCAUACAUGUACGGGGAGCAAGUGCUCUAUACAAUCUUACAGCAUUUGUGCUAAAUAACAGGGUUGCCUGUUGGGUUAAAUGCUUUCCAUUUAGUGUACAUGACAUAACGCAGUUUGAUCAAUUUCAUCUAUAGCUUUUAAGCCAUUGUCAGUACUAUAAAACGGCUUUGAAAGAGUUAAAUUUGUAGAAGUUGAGAAACAAAGUACAAAUGUAUCAAGAGAUCUGAAACGUUCAGUGGAUGGUAUCAUUUUAGGUUGGAGAUUGAGUGUGAGUGCAAGUAAGGCUCACAAAUGCAGUAUUUUGAAUUUUAAGUCUGAGAAAUAUGGCAACAUGCCAAUGUUACAUGUAGGGCUAACACAAGUUAAAAUUUUCAUUUACAACAAAAAUGAGUUGGCAGAAAUUACAACCGAAUAACUGCAAUUGCCCCUAAGUAAUCAGACUGACUAAAAGGACCAGCAUAAAUGAUCAAGGGAGUCCCUUUAGUUUCUAUAUCAGUUAGAACCAAUCAUCUUGUAUGGAAUGCUUCAUAGCUUGUAACAAUCCCAAAAUGCAGCUUGUCUCCGAGGAAACAACAUGAAAUUUCUGUCAACUUAAUUAGUGACCACCUGCAAAUCUCUAAUGAGACUCCAGAUCAAAGUUUAACAGUUUAGGAGAAAUUCGUUGAGUGCAUUGCAAUGUUAGCUUUAUACUUGUGCAAUAGAUUAAUGGGAGGGCCAUCAUUUACAGAGAUGACAGCGGCAUUCAGUAAAUUACCCAUGCAGUCACCUUUCCUAUGCCUCAUGUCAUUAUCAUCAGCCAUGCACUUUCAUCAGUCACUACUAGUGGCAGUAUGACAUAGCAUUGAUAUCCUCUUACAAAAAUAGUACAUCUUCCAUGUCAGGAGUCCAUAGUUUUGCCCCCUGAACACACACAGGUUCCAAUUUUCAGGUAGAGCAUUUGUGAAAAAUGCUGCAUUAUCCCACAUACAAGGUUUUGUGCCACCUUUCCAUCACUUCAGCAUUGCUUAGUGUGGAAACCAAACAUGACAACAGUUAACAACUUUUUCCUUGCAGCUGUUAAAAUUUAACAUUUCCACGAACUACGCAAGGACUAAAGCAGCACAUUACAAAAUAAAGAGUGCAAAAGACCAGACUCCAUGAACAGAAGGCAUUGACCAUAAACUUAAUGCUAACAUUUAUACAUUGUUCUGCAAAACUUGCUUUCAAUUACU